CACUCCCUUGGAAUAGCCAGGGGCUGAGCAGGAACCAGGAAAUACAAGCUCUCCCUGUCCAGAAAACACUUCUGCUUCAUGGAGAAAGGAGCGACAUGGGCAACCUCUGCAGCUACGGGCGACCACAGAAUUGUCCUUCGCCUUUUAAAAGAAAGAAAGAAAAGCAAGGAACUAAUGUGAGACAGGACACCCAACAGCAUCAGCCUGACAGGAAGGCUCCAACGUAUGAAGAUGUCCCAGAGUUUCCUGUCUACGCCACUGUGAGUAAACCCAAGAGUGUGAAGCAGGAUGACAACAUUCAUUAUGCAGACAUCCAAGUGUUCACCAAGGUCCGGGAGCGCUCUGCAGCAGAGGUGAAGAACUUACAAAUGCAGAAUGCUACAGAGUAUGCCACCCUCAACUUCCCCCGACCCAGGCUGAAAUAUGACAGUAAGAAUGGGACCCUGGUAUAAAAGGCUCGAUGGCCCCUUCUCCUUCAGGAGCAAAAGGAUUUCACAGAGAUGCUGUAGAUGCAAGCUAACCUCAUGGACACAUCAAGUCUCCUUAAGAAAGUGCAGAGAGGCUGUAUCUUCCACCUGCAUUUCUCUUUGGAGGACACAGACUUAUUUAUUCUCACGUGAUUAGUAGUUUCCUAUCUGAUUCUGCUGACAAAAAACACCUCUUACCCUUGGAAGAGUUGCUGCUGAAGCUGGCAGCCCAUCACUUCCCAGCACUGUGAGGAGACAGAGCCACUCCUUGGCUGAAUGAAGGCUAAAACCACAGCUCAGAGCUGCAGUGAGAAAGUGUGCUGUGGCACAGGACCAGCUGAGUGCUGCUCUGCAGAUGGAUUUGGGAACAUGGCAUGCAGGAUUCAAUAUUGGGACAAGGGGGAUGUUGCCACAGGAUUUUAUGUCAAUGUUAAGAAAAUUCUGCAAUGUGCAGAAUCACAUGUGGAUGAUCCUGUGAAGAAAUGGCAUGAAACCUUUAACAGCGUCUACUGCACUGUCUUCCUUUAACACCUGCUGGUGUAACUGCGGUCAUGCACUAUGUGCAUCCCCUUUUCUCAAAAAGCAGUUUUAUAACCAUGCAUAGUACACUAAAACCAAGGCCAGAAUUGCAGAAUUAACUGAAAGGUACAGAACAAUUUCUUUCACUGAAGGGCUGUACAGAUAUGCAUCCUUACCCCAACAUACACAGAAGUAAGUAGUGAACUCUUGGCUCUGACUGGAAAUGAAACAAGGAAAAUUUGCAAUUGAACUAUGAGGCAGCCGUUUAAAAGCCACUGCCUAUAUUUAGGGCAGUUAUCCAGUCCUUAGAGUAUAGCAGCUGUCUGCAUGCCUGAGAUACUGGGAAUGAAUCCUGGUCAAUUUUAGAGAGGGCUUUGAACUUUUCCUCCAUUUUUUCUUACUUCAUACUGUCAGCUUUAGUUAUAAAACCUAGUAACAUAGAGCAUAUACCAUGUGGUGUUUUCUCCUAACCACAUUGAGACUUUGUUUAUGGAUUUAAAAUAGUGUAAAUAAUGCAGUAUAGCAAUCAUCCAAAAGGCUUCUGCCACUGGACUGAAUUUGGCAGUUGCAGCACUGGCAGUUGAACAGGGCUCCCAGGCAGUAUCUUCAGGCACUAUAAAUCAAUGCUUGGCACAUUGUGUCUGCAUAGCUAAAUGCAGAUUGUGGGACAACCUGUUUAUUGCCAGUGUUUAAAAAUGGACAUGCUGGUGCAUUUUAUAAACAUACAUAAUUUUGCAUAUUAUGGCUCAGCUAAAUGUAAAAAGCAUGAAGGAUUUCCUGCUCAUUACAAAAAAUGAAGCUGGUAUGGGCAGUGUUUGCUAAGAUGCAAGUGUUUUGAGGACCAAUUCUACAAUUUUUCUACUUUUUUGCCUGUGGUAUCCAGUAAACCUCAGCAGGGCUAUUAUAAGGCCAAAGUAACAUUUGCAGGAGGCGGCCCCUUUUUUGUAAUGGAUACAAUAUAUUUUUCUACCUGAAAAGGGGUUUUUUGCCCAUGCUAUCCAGCUGACCUCAGUGGGGCCAUUGUAAGAUUUGCAGUAGAGGGCCCUUCAUUUAUAAUGGGUACGAGAUUACGUUAUUGGAAAGGCUGGUUCUUUUGAGUGCCAAGGACUCCUCUUUCUGCUCCUCCAAGUUCCUUGCUGUACUCCAUGUCCAGCAUGAAAAUCGGUCCUUUGAACUGAGGAAGAUUGAAUGGGCACAGGAUUUACUUAGAAGAGUCAGGGAGUCAUGGGACACUCUAGCACUCAGUUCUGCUAGCCCAGCUGUCAGAUGUUCUACCAGAUGUGGUUCAUGCUGGGCAGCACUUAUGUACCUCCUUGCACUGAAUCACUGGUACAAGAACUGCAAAGGGACACUGGCUUCAGUUCCACUCAAGCCCUCCGCAUCAUAGCAAGAAAUUGGAUUUUUAGAAACAUUACUAAAUGUGGACUAUAGUUCGGGAGACGUGAGGUUUUCUAGAAGGUGCGGACUCCAGUAGGUCAUCUUUAAAAAUAAUUUAAGUGAAACAGCCCAUUAUUACAGUGGCAUGCACAGCGUGUGGUACUGAAGUUUUUCCUCACCCAGCAGGAGGGCUGGGGCCGGGGACAGCGAGCUGCACAGACACUAAAGUCAAGCUCCUGGGCCCAGAGGGGUGUAAAUUUGCACAUCCAUCAAGUUAAACCAGUUUCGCCAUGGACAUAGGCAGGACUGGGUUUGGCUCAGAGGAACUUGCUUUCACAUAGUCACUUAGUUUUGUUGGUCUGUGGAUCAGCCCUUUUGUAUUCUGAAUGAAUGGGAGCUACAGUAAAAACUAUCUUUUAAGGAGUGCCUCAAAACCUGGGGUGGUAGUUUUAUCUCCUGUUCCCUAAGGAGCUCCAGCUUCCAUAUGUAGCUGGUACUUGGUGGUGUUUCUGGAAGAACAGCGUUAUUUUAGAGACAAUCUAAUGCUCUGGAUAGGAACAGGAGUAGUACAGUAACUUUGCCUGUUUACCAGGCCUUAAAUAGAUAGAAUGUGAAAGCCACAUGUUCUGCAAUAAACGUUUUUCUAAAGGA